UUGAUGCUGUGGUUGCCGCGUGCGGCUGGGCCCGUAGAGCGGCGCGGAAGGGCGGCCAGGUGCCGGGAGGGAGCCAUGGCGACGUACGCGAGCGAGCUGGAGGUGGCCAAGAAGAACCUGAGCGAGGCGCUAGGCGAGAACGUGAAGCAAUACUGGGCAAACUUGAAACUUUGGUUCAAACAAAAGAUCAGUAAAGAAGAGUUUGAUCUGGAAGCUCGUAGACUCCUCACCCAAGAUAAUGUCCAUUCUCACAAUGAUUUCCUCCUGGCUAUUCUCACCCGAUGCCAAAUCCUGGUUUCUGCACCAGAGGGUCCUGGGCCUCUGCCAUGGACGGGUGGCUCUGCAACUAAACCUGGAAAACCCAAAGGAAAGAAGAAGUUUUCUUCUGUUCGGCAGAAGUUUGAUCACCGAUUCCAGCCUCAGAAUCCGUUGUCUGGAGCCCAGCAGUUUGUGGCAAAGGAUCCUCAAGAAGAUGAUGAUAUGAAGCUGUGUUCCCAUACAAUGAUGCUUCCCACGCGGGGCCAGCUAGAAGGAAGGAUGAUAGUGACUGCAUAUGAGCACGGGCUGGACAAUGUCACCGAAGAGGCAGUGACGGCUAUUGUCUAUGCUGUGCAGAAUCACCUUAAGGAUAUCCUGGCAUCUGUAGUAUCCAGGAGGAAAGCCUAUCGCCUGAGAGAUGGUCAUUUCAAAUAUGCCUUCGGAAGCAAUGUUAAUCCACAGCCUUACCUGAAGAACAGUGUUGUUGCCUAUAAUAAUCUAAUUGAAUGUCCUCCUACCUGUGUGGCACCUUCUGCGGGUCAGAAUCUAGCCUCCCAUCCCGCUCCUGAUGAUGCUGAGCAGCAGGCGGCUCUCCUCUUAGCAUGUUCCGGGAAUACUUUACCAGCUACUCUCCCUCCUGUGAACGUGUACGACCUUUUUGAGGCAUUACAGGUGCACAGAGAAGUUGUUCCAGCACACACUGUCUACGCUCUAAACAUUGAGAGAAUCAUCAUGAAACUUUGGCAUCCAAACCAUGAGGAGCUGCAGCAAGACAAAAUCCAUCGCCAGCGCUUGGCAGCAAAGGAAGGGCUGCUGCUGUGCUAAAGUGAGGAUGGCCAGCGCCGAGGCAGGCUGUCAUUUCAUGAACUCGGCAGCAGGGUCUCCUCGGCUUUGCCGUUAUGAAAACAGUUGUGAAUCUUGCAUCAUCGUGUCUGCAUUUCAAGGCAGAAAUGUGUAAUGUGUAACCUUUUCCUAUGGAAAUGUGACCCAAGGGUAGUACAUCUUGUUUGCUACCGUGAAGCCAUAGAGUCAACCCAACUCUGGGUUACUCUGACUGCUUGGGGCUGCACUGCUCCAACUGCAUUUGAAAGGGAAUGGAAGUUAGACUUUGUGUUCUGUGUAGGGAAAAAUGUGAGUGGCAGGGGGAGAAGGAACUAUUUAGUUUUAAGGAAGACUGAUCCACAUUUUUGUUUAGUGGGUGUGAUGGAUCUGUGCUGGCAAAAGGCAUAAUGCCGUAGAGGGCCUGACAGAGUGCAUGACCAUUCCUCACGCUCGCCAGUGACUGUCUGGGUUGCAGCCUGUACCUCUGUGCUUAAAAUCCAAGUGAAGAAACAUGCCUGUGACAAAGUAUUUUUCCUUUGGUGUAACUAGGACUUCCCUGUGAAGGGGAGAAAUCCGCUCUCCACUGCCAGAAUGGUUGUCAUGGGUUCUCCCUCUCUGCGCCCAGUCAGUGUCACCAGGGAGAACCCAGAUCCUGCCAUUGUCCGGUGACGGGGGAGGCACAGACUACAGAAAGUUGGAAGGAGUAUGGGAUGUUGCACUUGUCAAAGGGGCUGAUCCAAAGCCAUUGACCUCCCUGGGCUUUGGUGCAGGCCCAGAGUGCAGGUGCCCUGCUGUGACAGGUAUUUGUAUUGGAAAAGUCUGUGCUUUGAGAGUGUCUGUGGCGUAAUCACACUAGUAUAUAGCUUACCAAGGUAUGUUCAGAGCAUGUAUGAAGCUGGCAAAGCAGUCUCUCUUAGUACCUUGAUCCAGCUCUCCGUGAGCUCAGUGCGAGUCUUUCCCUUGAUUUCAUUGGGAGCUGAAUUGGACUUCUGGGGAGUCAAGACACCCAAGUGAAGAUGAAUAUAGUGCCCACAUGGUCCCUCCAUUUAUACCCUCGCAACUUCCACUUCUGGAUCUGGACUAUGAGACUGUAACACACAAAUGGAAGGGCCUGUUUUGGCAAAUUCUCUGAACUGCUGUGCAUUACAAAGCACAAAGGAAUGUACAGGGCAGCUGUGUGAGGGAUUUAGAAGAAACUGAAAUGGGUAGUAAAGUCUCUUUUUGAAAGUAGUAUUCUCCCAUGCAGAUACCCAUCCUGCCUGCUCUGUAAUGGAGAAGUCCUGCUCGCACAGUCUAGGUACUGUCCAGCUCUGGAGUAAGAGGUAGCCACUCUGGGAGCCAGUAGGAGGAAUAUUCAGAGCAAUAUGAACAAAUGAUUUCUUUGUUUUAUCCAAAAAAACCCAACGAAUGAAGCCCUGCAAAACACAAUGCUCUGAUCUGGUUCUGUGACACAAGUGUAAAUACGGAGCAGCUCAGUUUGAGCCAGUGAUGAUACAAUGGUGUAAAGAGGGGGAAAUCCCAUCCUGUGUAUUGAAAUGAACUAUUGUGUUCUGGCCUGGUAGGGCUCUCAGUAUGGGUUUGGUUUCUUCAUAACUUUAUAGAGUUGUCAUGAGAUACAUGAGCUGACAGGUCACCCCUUUUUUCUGAAUAGAAGGUAUGUAUGGAGCUCUCCUCUGGAGAGUUAAUAGGUUUCUGUAGUGGGUAUUACUGUUGGAAGCCUGUUUGAGGCCGGAGGGAGAACUACGUGUUGUGCUGAGAGGAGAAAGCGGUUUAAAACACACUGAAGUAUAGAACCAAUCUUUCAAACUGGUGGCUGGGCUGGACUGGACUGUGUUUAGGGCUGAAGUCCCGUGUACCCAAAUCGGUGCUGUUUUACCUGUUCAGAAAACUGGACUAUGGCAGCUUCCUGUAAUGCAGUGCUAGGAGGAGAGGCUGAGGGGAUGUCUACGCUGGAGCUGGAAGGUGUCAUUUCCAGCUUGAGGAAACAUCCUUGCACCAGUGCACUAAAAAUAGAAGUCUCGCUGCCCCAAGUACGUCCCUAGCAUUUCAGGUGGGAUUGUCCUCAGGGUGGCUAGCCACUCAUGCUGCGGCGGCUACACUUCUGUGGCUAGCGUGCUUACUCAGUCAGAGCUAGUGCAGGUAUGUCUGCUCAAGCUGGAAAUUACACCUCCAGCUCCUGUGUAGACGUACCUUAAAGAGCUCCCUGUACCCACUCCUUUUCUCUUCUUCAGAACACGCUUGUACUGGGGCAGCUAUAAUUUGUUUCACUAGGGUACUCAAAACACAGAGCCAGUCUCCUUCUCUUCUCUGGCUGCCUUCUCUAUAAUUGGUGAGGAGCUCAGAUCCCUCCCACCCAAUCACUGACCUAUCAGUUUGCUUAUGCUUCCAGGGAAUCCCCCUAACAAACAAUAGGUGAUGGUUCUGGAGAAUCACUAAUGUAGCAAGAUGGGCCCCCCCAUUAGUCAGUACUUCUUGUUUUUCUGAAGCUUCCCGGGUGGGUGGGAGGAAGUGUACCACAUGCCGUGGUGUGAGGGGUAAUAAGGGUGGAGGCUGCAGUUUGUAUCCAGUGGUUCAGGAUGAGAAGGGCCUUAAUGAGUUAUGAAGCCAAUUCCAGGAGAUGGUGGUGGAGGAAGAAGCAGCAUGAGGGACCUGGUAAAGCACUUGGUCACUGAUAGCACGGACCCUGCAAUAGCAGCUCCACAGCCUCCUAAAGCCCAGCAGUGUCAGAGCACAUGUGAAAUCUGUGACAGUACACAGAUUUUUUUUUUUUCCCCCGUCUCUUCCCAACGCCUAUUUUUUCUUAAUUCAGGCAUAUGUAGCAGAAUGAGCCUUAAAUCCACUAGCUUUAGAAGGCAAUUCUUAAAACCAAGACUGGGCUAUAAUACUUAUAAUGUAUACUAGUGAGAUCAGCAGGGCACCUGAAGUACUUCUGGCUUUGGGAUGGGGGCAGGGGAUUUCCCAGCUAGUCAUAAUGCUUAUGGUAUGGAAUGAAGACAUUGUUUGCUAGAAAUUUUAAUAAGCAGCCUCUAAAGUGUCAUACAUUUUUUUAAAUAAAAAUGCCUAGUGCUGAAAUGAAA